AUGAUUUCAGACGAUGAGCUUUACCGCCUUGCGAUAUUUCUGGGGUCUGCUGCUAUGCUCCUCAUCAUCCUCUAUCACUUCCUAGAAGUCAACGCCGUUGAAGAGCCUGUCGACGACAAGAAGUCCGGAGCUUCAUCUUCUCUGACAGAUGCCAAAGUUGGAGCUAUGUUGCGAUGAGAGAUUGAGUGCUGUUGGACGGAGGAUGACAACAAGGGGGGGACGAAGGAAACACCAGAAUACAGUCUUGACGCGGAGUCGUUGGUUGCUCCUUUAUUGGC